AUGAACGGAAUCUUGGCCAUGAAAGAUGUACAGACCCAUCAAUACGAUCAUGAGAAAAAUAACGAGAAUCCGACACACCUAGUGAACAGAGGGAUAAAACUCCGACAAGAACCCCAGAAUGGAUCUUCAGGAUCAUUAUCAGACUUACAACAAACAACAUUCCAAUUUCAAUAUUCCAAAAAUUUACAAUCUUUACAAAAUAUGAUGAGCUCUAUCGACGAUGCUACGCAUGAUGAAGAACACACAUUUCGAAUAUCAAACACAAUGGAAUCAUUGUCGGAGGAUGUAUCCCAAAUCCUCAUGGAACCACUUCCGAUGAGGUCGAAUGUGAUGUCCUUUCUUGUUGGUGCAUUCGUUGCUGUUGGUGGCUUUUUGUUUGGCUACGACACUGGGUUAAUUAAUAGUUUAACUGAUAUGGCAUAUGUUAAGUCGCAUCUGGCACCGAACCAUCAUUUCUUUACAAAUGAACAGAUGUCCAUUGUAGUUUCCUUCCUAUCUUUAGGUACGUUUUUCGGUGCGUUGACGGCACCAGUUAUUGCUGAUUCAUAUGGGAGAAAGGCGACUAUAAUGUUUAGUACUGCAGUUAUUUUCUCCAUUGGUAAUUCAUUACAAGUUGCAUCCUCAGGUUGGAAACUAUUAAUCAUAGGUAGAGUCGUUUCAGGGCUAGGUAUAGGAUUAAUAUCGGCAGUGGUCCCAUUAUACCAGGCAGAAGCCGCCAAGAAAAACCUUAGAGGUGCAAUUAUUUCUACAUAUCAAUGUGCCAUUACGUUGGGGCUGCUAGUUUCGAGUGCUGUCUCUCAGGGUACACAACAUAUAAAUAAUCCUGCAUCCUAUCGAAUACCUAUUGGGCUACAAUAUGUCUGGUCAAGUUUCUUGGCUAUAGGGAUGAUAUUUUUACCAGAAAGCCCAAGAUAUUACGUUAUGAAGGAUGAUAUAGAUAGGGCUGCUAAAUCCUUAUCAUUCUUAAGAGGUGUUCCUAUUCAAGAUCCAAGAUUACUCGAAGAACUUGUGGAAAUAAAAGCAACUUAUGACUACGAGGCAUCAUUCGGACCAUCAUCUAUAUGGGACUGUUUUAAAUCAAGUGAAAAUAGACCAAAGCAGGUGUUAAGAAUGUUUACUGGUAUUGCUAUCCAAACCUUUCAACAAUUUUCAGGCAUUAACUUUAUAUUUUACUACGGAGUUACGUUUUUUAGUAAGACAGGUGUCAAUAAAAGCUAUAUGGUGUCACUCAUAACCUAUGCGGUAAACGUUGCAUUUAAUAUUCCAGGGAUGUUUUUAGUGGAAUAUCUUGGUAGAAGGAAGAUUCUAUUAUUUGGUGGUAUAGUUGUGACUGCCUCGAAUUUCGUAAUCGCAGGUGUUGGUUGUCGAAUGGAUUCUGUCGUAGCUAAUAAAGUUAUGAUUGCAUUUAUUUGCUUAUUUAUUGCGUCUUUUUCAGCUACAUGGAGUGGAGCCGUUUGGGUUAUAUCUGCCGAACUCUACCCUUUAGGCGUUCGCUCAAAAUGUACUGCUAUAUGUGCUGCUGCAAAUUGGCUAGUAAAUUUUAUUUGUGCAUUAAUAACACCGUAUAUUGUUAAUUCCGGUUCUGAAUCGACUAUGGGUGCCAACAUAUUUUUUAUCUGGGGUUCUCUAAAUGCUCUCGGUGUCGUUUGUGUUUUCUUUACUGUGUAUGAGACAAGCGGAUUGACCUUGGAGGAAAUUGAUGAACUUUAUAGGGAAUCAGCUAAUUGUUUUGGAUCAAUCGCUUGGAACAAAAAGAUCAGAGAAAGACCAGUAAAUAGGCCACUUUUCAAAUUUCCAAGUAGGACACCCUCACUGACACCAUCUGUAACUUCUAACGUGAACUAUGCUGCUAAAAAUGAAGGUAUUUCUAAAACCAGUUCAAUUGAAAAUGCAAAUAAUGUUGAAACCAGUUGUUCUACCUCAAGUCUCGAUAUGCUUACCCCAAUUGAUCCUACCGAGGUUCAGAAUAAUUAUGUCGACCUUGGCAAUGGUUUGGAGCUAAAUGCAUAUAACAGAGGGCCACCAUCUUUUCUUACAGCUUCAAGUGAUGAUGAAGAAGAAGAUAAUAAUGACGAACCAUACAGUGGAGGACGAGGGUCUUUUUCAACGAAGAGUAAAGAAAAUAAAUACAUGGAUAACGUCAAUAUAUAUAUGGCGCAACUAAUUGACAGCGCAUCCAAUACCAGUGCCAGCAAUACCACUGACACGAGUUUACAUUUACGACACUUGUCUUCCAACGUCAGUACAACCUCUAGAUUUGCAGAUGUUAACGAAGAUUUAGAGUCUCACACAGAUCAACACUCAACAACAUUACCUAUACACUUGUCCACCUUAUCUCCUGAUGAAGGACACACUUCAGAAACAUCAAGCAUCGAUGCGUCAUCUCUAAAUAUAUAA